CCUCCCCUUGCAGCCGUAUCUUCCCCAACCAUCCACCCCAGAUUCUCACUACAUAGCUCACGAGGUACACAUCCAAUCAUGAGUGAUUACAAGAACCUCCCCGACUUCGACAGCCUUCCCACCAUCGAUGGCGUGCCACACCGCGCCUGGGGCCUGUUCGACAAGGACGGCAAGAAGGACCAUCUAGGCUGUAUCAAUCUCCUGACCCCCGAUGUCGUCAAAGAGGCAUACAAAGAAGCCCGCGACGGCGUCUCCAUCUCUUUAAACUGGCCCAUUGGUGCUCUCGCGAAGCCCGGCUUUGCUCGCAAAGGCCUCGUACACAAGCCCUUCGCAUUCGAGGAUCCUAGUCUUAAGAUUCACUGCUUCGAUGACGAAGUCGAGUUCAACACUCAAUGCUCCUCACAAUGGGACAGUUUGGUCCACUUUGCGCACCAAGCCACGGCCACCAACUACAACGGCGUGAAACCCACGGCCGAGGCCUUGGUCCAGGACUUUGGGUCGUUCGACACCGAGAAAGCCCUGCCCACAUUGAACCACUGGCACGAGCGGGGCGGCUUGGUAGGCCGCGCCGUCCUCCUCGACUACAAGGAGUAUGCUCGAGCAAAAGGCAUCAAGUACUCCUGCUUCGACAGACACCCCAUCACGGUCCAAGAUCUGGAAAAUGUCGCUAAGCACCAGGGUACCACGUUCAAGCACGGCGACAUCUUGAUCGUCCGGUCUGGAUUCACCGAUGAACUGACAAAUGUGUCUGCCGAGGAACAAGCGCAAUUACUCGGGAGCCAUAAGUGCAUCGGUGUGCAAGGGAACAAGGAGAUGGCCAGAUGGACAUGGAACCACCAUUUUGCAGCAGUCGCGGGUGACGCGAUCGGUUAUGAAGUCAUUCCGCCCACCAUCGAGGAGGAUAACAACAGGGUUGGAACAAUUGCGGAAUUGGUUCUCCAUCAAUACUUCUUGUCGAAUUUCGGUCUCAAUAUCGGCGAGCUGUGGGAUCUGAAAGCCCUGGGUGAGCACUGCAAGAAAGUCGGCCGCUAUGAAUUCUUGCUCACCAGCUGUCCACUGAACGUGCCGGGCUCCGUGGGAAGUCCACCGAAUGCGCUCGCCAUAUUUUAAGCGGUCAGUGAAACCUGAUAAGCAGGAGAAAUACUAGUAGUGUAGCAGGACGUAGGGUGGUGUCACUUGAGAUUUGAUGACUUUGUUACGUGUACCUUAGGUAUUCAAUGAGCAUCUUUCUUGAACCUAGCAACCGCUGGGGAAUGGCAGGCUCUUAGAUAGCAUGUUCUCAAUCACAUUGUCGAACUA